AUGGCGACGAUAUUCCAGAGCUUCAGAAGCUCGACCUUGUCGAAGCGCCUCCUCAUCUACGCUCUGCGGCGUCUGGAGCUGCUUGAUGAGGAGACGCUGGACAUGGAAAACCUGCAAUUUGCGCUGGGCAGGACAACAACGGCAGAAUUCAAGGAUGUUGGAGUGCGCCUCAAGAAACUCGAACGACUUCUCCAGCUCCCUGCUUCGUUCCAAGUCCAGAAAGCCAAAGUGCUGAAACUCAACGUUACAAUCCCGGUUGACUUUUACACGAGCCCUAUCGUUAUCGAAAUCGAUGGCGUUGACGUCCGGUUAAAGGUGUCAACUCUCGGCGACGACAAAAAGACAAAGGCCGCAGCAAGGAGUGACGAUGCUCAGGGCCUACCGAAUACGGUCAACCUUGCGCAGUCGUUCCUGAACGAAGAUGCGGCGCUAAAAGAUGCGAAACUUGCCGAAGAGAAGAGGAGGUUGGAGGAUGCUCUUGCAGCCGAGACACAGGAUCUAGGCGGUUCCACGAUGAGCGAGAGCUCGAUGAGCGAUGAUGGAAGCCAGUUCGGUACAGGGCAGCCGUUGUCCCUGCCGGGAUUCCUGGCCGGGUUCCUCCAGGGCAUCGUCGACCGCAUCCAAGUGCGCAUCCGAGGGGUCACGUUUCAAAUGGACGUCGAAGUUCCCCUCGAGCCGACCUCGACGACGCCGGAGCUCGUUACUUUCCAGCUCGCGCUGGAUCGCAUAGAUGUCGAAGGUGUUACCGCGGAGACACACAACGACGAAGGUGCGCCGACGAUUGUGCCGAAAGAUGGGAAGCGGCACAUUGCCUUAUCAAAGAUACGAGCCUAUCUGAUUUCAGAGGCCACAGUCUUCUCGCAGUUUGCACGCUCUCCGUCCGUCUCAUCGCCAUCUAUCUCUCAAUCACCAUCUUUCAGCGAGCGCACCUCAGCAUCAAGGCACAGUACCUUCCGACCAACCAUGCAGGAGAGCUUCUUGUCCGAUUCCGCAGACUUGUCUGAAGUUGAUGAUGCGCUACUACAGGACAGUGAGGAAGCUUUCAAUAUCCCAUACGAUUUCUCGAGUCAACCAGAGGAACAAGCAGAAGAGGAGGAACCGACGACGCCCAGGGCAUCGAUAUAUCAAGACUUUUCUCCUCAAAGACACAUUCCACUAUCCCAGUCCACUAUCCAAGGAGACGAAGAUGAGCCUCUACCGUGGGCUAGUUUUCAAAGAGAAGCGAGGUCGGAACCGUCGCUACAAUCAGCAGACAAUGACAUGCUGAAUGAAGUGGGUGGUUUUGCACCUACCGAGGCGUUGCAACAGUCUGUCGCAGCGUCUCAGAGCUCGAGCUCUGGUGAGGUUGAUGAUCUGGCGCAAUCUCACGUGUUCACCCACGAAGAAGCCGAGAGCAUGUACAUGAGUGCCUUUUCGCAGGCCGAGCCAACUGGAUCGCGGAUGCCAGGAGGGUGGGAUGCGGAUUCGAGCCCGGAGGCUUCACCCAAGCUCAAGAAGUCAAGCCCCGUGCCGAGACAACAAACUCCACCAGCAUUCGAAGCAGCUCCGAGCAUUCCGGAGUCAAUGCCUCUUGACAAUAUGGAGGCGCCGGCAUCACAGAGGUCUCAGUCGCCGCAUCCGACAGAUCAGGCUGAAGCUAGAUGUGAGGACGCAACGGAGCCACCACCGGCGAGUUUCACACGGGAUGAGUUCGCAGAUGCGCCAGCACCGGCAGACGACGUGGCAACCCCAAGAGGACCGACGAGACUGGUCAAGGAGCUCGUUUCCCUGCAAAACAUUUCCCUCUACGUUCCAUCGCUGCAUCAGCAUGUGCAUGUGCCAGCCGAUGCUCAAGCCUCCGUUCUGAGCCAAGCACCAGGAUCACCUGGCUUGGCAAGAUCGGUCGCGCCUCAACUUCCCGGAGCUUUCUCCGUGUAUUCCCCUCCAUCAGCAUCGAGGUCGGGCUUCGCGCCAAUGCCAACCGACCUUCCCUUCGUUGAGCCAGAUAAUGAUGGGGCGAUAGAGGUUCUUUUGUCGCCUUUGGAGAUUCGAUUCGACGCUUCACUGGCAUAUCUGCUUGCGGUCGUAGCUGGAAAGUUGCUGGAUGCAUUGAAGAGUAAAGACGGCCCUGCUCUCGCUACAAAGACGGCUGCAAAGCCGCAGCAAGAAUCGGCGAUGCCCGAUAUGAAUAUUGUGUUUGAAAAGAUUUCACUACAUUUCCUUCACCAACUGGGCGGUGUUGCUGAUACAGCGGAGAGAAUACUGGGCUCUCCUGGUUUGCAGAUGCAACCCGAGAUUCUCCUCCGAACGGAUCUCGAUAAACUUAACAUAUCACUCAAGUCAUCGCAGAAGGGCCUCGAAACGACCGUUGAUCUCGAAAAGUUCCGCUUCGGCUACGCAAGGGACGAUAUCAUAUCAUUCGACCAGAGCCUCCAGAUGAGGGCCUCUGUUAUGGACAAAUUCCCUUCAGCUGGCUCUGAUGUGACUGUGAAGGUAGUCAAGUCGGCUGGCUCAAUUCGGACUGAAGUAACUACUUUACCACUAUUGAUACAGCUCGAUUUGCAAAGACUGGACGAGACAUUCAGUUGGUUUGGUGGCUUGAGCAGUUUCCUUAACAUGAGCUCCUCAAUGUCAUCGAAUGCUUCGCCGUCCGUCAGAGCGCCGGUUCAACCACCCCCCAAACCCCGAGGAGUUCGAUUUGAUGCUCCAAUCAACCCGGACGACAAGUCGGCCUCGGCAGAAAACAAGAUUGAUAUGCGAAUAGGGGGCUUCAAUCUGGAACUGAAGGGCAGAGAGUGCAGCGUUGGUUUGGAGACGAGUGCAGUCAAGAUGGUAAGCCGAGAUUUGGGGAUCGGUUUUGCAAUCAGCAAAGUUCGCUUGGCAGGGCCGUAUAUCAGGAAUUCCCGAGCAGAGCCGCCCAUUUCCGCCGAAAUUGGAGGUGUACGCUUUGAGUAUCUCGCGACGCCAAAGGACAAGGAUCUCGAAAGGCUUCUCGAACUCAUCAUCCCGUCCAAGGUCAAGUUCGACCAGGGCGAUGAUGAAAUCAUGGUCGACACGCUCCUCCGACAAAGGCGGAAGGGUGGGGUUCUGCGGGUGACUUUCGACCAAUUGAAUGUAAGGGUCGAUCGCAUACAUCAACUGAAUUGCCUCCCUGCGCUGGGCGAAGAGGUUGCCCGACUGGCAACCGUCGCAAAAUAUCUCCCAGAAGACGACAGGCCUGGCAUCCUACUCCUGGCCGAGGUCAAGGAGCUUGGUGCGGUCAUCGACUUGGGCGGCAAGCUCGGCAUGAUCAAUGCGAACCUGAAGAACUUCGAAGUCGCUCAGAUUACAGUACCAUCGUUGGUGGCAUUCGGCGUUCACGCCAUCUCCGUGAAUCGCAAUCACCGAGAAGAACUCGUGAGCUCUUCAACGACACUACCACCGGGAACGCUCACCCAGGGCCCCGUCCUCAUGGUACGCAUGAUUGGAGACGAGAUGGAGCCGGUGAUUAAAAUCAAGAUGCGCGAUAUUACGGUUGAUUACCGAGUACCGACAAUCAUGGAUGUCCUUGGACUCGGGGAGGAUGCUACACCACAGGAUUUCGAAGCCAGCCUUGCCGCCUCUGUUGCCAAUCUCGGCGAACAAGCACACUCUGCCUUGACCGGCAAGAAGCCUCAACCUACGGCCCGUAUGACUGACCCUGCCCGACCGAAUAGUAAGCCUAUGACGGUCGACUUGGUCUUCCGCGAUUGUCUGAUCGGUCUCAACCCACUGGGGCUGCCCUCGAAACUCCUCAUCGCCCUGACCGAUGCUCGGCUUCAAGUGGUUCUUCCAAAAGACGUGGAUACUACGGCCAACUUGGACCUCAACAAGGCCUCGAUCUUGCUUAUUGACGAUACCACUAAUAUAGGAGCGAGCUCUACCGUAAAUCGUCGGCAGUCCGCGGAUAUGUCUUCCCAACAGGUCUCGCGACUCGUUUCUCAAGGCUACGUGAGCAUCUGCUACAUUUCAUCUGCAAAGGCAGUCGUCAAGGUGUCGGAAAGCCGUGACGAUGGUGAAAAACAUGUCGAUGUCGAACUCCGUGAUGAUCUACUUGUGCUGGAGACAUGUGCCGAUUCGACCCAGACCCUCAUCACUCUGGCUAACGCGCUCACGCCACCUACUCCGCCGAGCAAGGAGAACAAGUACCGCACCUCAGUCGUCCCUGUCCAGGAUCUCUUGGCUUCGAUUUCUGCCGAGGCCUUUGGGCGAGCUGAAGGAGAUUAUGAUUUCGACAAAGACUUUGAGCUCGCUCAGGAGCUGGGCGGUAGUGACGAAGACGAUAUGUCAGGCGAUGGCAGCCCAUUACAAAUUGACUCACGUUACUAUGAGGACGCUGGCCCUUCAGAGCCCCUCUUCGACGCAGAGGGCUCCAUCACAUCGAAUGCUACAACGACUCAGGAUACACAUGACGGGGUCUUGCUUACGAGUUUCAACGCAAGUGCCUCACACCAUUCCGAUGACGGCAGUGACCUAGUGAUACACGAGAAUUUCUUCGACAAGGGACCCGAGACCGACGGUAGAGCCCAGGUCUGGAACUCUUCGAAGAACAGCUAUGACCAAGCGCCGAAGGAGCUUGUUAAGAGAAGCCCACUUCGAGUUUCGGUCCGCGAUGUGCACGUCAUUUGGAAUUUGUUCGACGGAUAUGACUGGGAACGCACGCGCGAUAUCAUCUCCAAGGCGGUACGAGAUGUCGAGGACAAGGCCUACGAACGUCGCCGCAGGUCAGAGCGUGCUGUCUUUGAGGAUGAUGCGGAGGAAGAUGAGACAGUAAUUGGGGAUUUCCUCUUCAAUUCCAUCUACAUCGGCAUCUCCACAAAGCAAGACCCUCGAGAGCUCGCACAAAUGGUCAACCAGGAGUUGAAUGAUAACGCCACAGAGACUGAGUCUCUCGCGACAACAGCUUUCACAACGACGACCGGCCGAACGGGAGCAGCUAGGCCUAAGAAGAGAUUGAGGUUGAACCGAAGCAAGCACCACAAGAUCACGUUCGAGCUGCAGGGAGUCAAUGUUGAUCUGAUUGCCUUCCCGCCUGACUCUGGCGAGACUCAGAGCUCCAUCGACGUACGGAUCCAGACUUUGGAUGUGUUUGACCACGUCCCAACCUCUACCUGGAAGAAGUUUGCAACCUAUGACCAAGACGCCGGCGAGCGGGAGAUGGGCACCAGCAUGGCCCACCUCGAACUGCUCACCGUUAAGCCGCAGCCGGAUCUUGCAGCUUCAGAGAUGGUUUUGAGAGUCACUCUCUUGCCACUUCGACUUCAUGUUGACCAAGAUGCGCUCGACUUCAUUACGAGAUUCUUUGAGUUUAAGGAUGACAGCACUCCCGUCCACAGCUCAACGAGCGAUGUGCCGUUCCUUCAGAGAGUCGAGGUCCAUGACAUACCCGUCAAGCUGGAUUUCAAGCCCAAGCGAGUCGAUUACGCAGGUCUCAAGUCAGGCCGCACCACGGAGUUUAUGAAUUUCAUCAUCUUGGACGAAGCACGUCUAACACUGAGACACACCAUUAUUUAUGGUGUUUCUGGUUUUGACAGAAUGGGCAAGAUCCUCAAUGACAUCUGGAUGCCGGACGUCAAGGGUACCCAGUUGGCUGGCGUUCUCGCAGGUCUCGCGCCAGUGAGAGGCAUUGUCAAUAUCGGUAGUGGAUUCAAGGAGCUUAUCGAGGUUCCCAUCAAGGAGUACAAAAAAGACGGACGCAUCGUUCGGAGCAUUGGAAAGGGCGCGGCGGCGUUUGCUCGCACCACCGGCACUGAAAUGGUCAAGUUUGGAGCCAAACUGGCCAUCGGAACGCAAUAUGCGCUGCAGGGUGCCGAAGGCCUCCUCAACAAGCCCCAGACUGACAACACAUGGGAAGAGGCUGAUCUCGAUCCAGAAGAGAAGAAGCAGAUCUCUCUGUACGCGGACCAGCCUACCGGUGUCAUACAGGGGCUGCGUGGGGGCUACUCGAGCCUGACGAGAGACUUGAACUUGGCCCGCGAUGCCAUCAUUGCGGUUCCAGGCGAGGUGAUGGAUAGCUCAAGCGCGCAAGGCCUCGCCAAGGCCGUGUUGAAGCGGGCGCCUACCAUUAUUUUCCGGCCGGCCAUUGGAGCUACCAAAGCUAUCGGACAGACGCUCAUGGGCGCGACGAAUAGUCUCGACCCGCAGAACAGGCGCAGAGCCGAGGAGGUGAGUUACUUGAAGACGGUUAAAUACAAGAGGCAUUAA